UGCCAACUGGAACAGCCACAUCUUGGGUUCGUUGCAGAGGUUGCCUGCACUUGACACAGACGCAGCGCCAUGCCAAAGAGGGCGGGGAAGGGCUCCCCCUACCCCAGGGCCCUGGACGGAGGCUGGGGAUGGAUGGUCGUGCUCCACUUCUUCCUGGUAAACGUGUUUGUGGUGGGGAUGACCAAGACUUUUGCAAUUUUCUUUGUGGUGUUUCAAGAAGAAUUCGAAAGCAGCGCGGAGCAAACUGCGUGGAUCGGCUCCGUCAUGGCAUCGCUGACUUUUUCCGGAGGUCCCCUGGCUUCCAUUAUCGGGGAGAGAUACGGAGAGAAAACCACCUCCCUUCUUGGAGCUUUUCUUGUGUCCGGUGGAUAUGUGAUCAGCAGCUGGGCUACGGGCAUCCCCUUCCUUUUGUUCACUAUGGGACUUCUACCCGGUUUGGGUUCCGCUCUCUUGUACCAAUCAGCUCUGCUGAUGAUUACCAAAUACUUCAAAAAACGAUUAGCACUUUCGACAGCCAUUGCCCGUUCAGGGAUGGGGCUGGCAUUUCUCUUGGCACCUUUUGCAAAAGCCAUGAUAGAUUUGUAUGGCUGGACAGGUACCCUUGUAUUAUUUGGAGCCAUCAUGCUGAACAUGGUGCCUUCUAGUAUGCUCUUGAGACCCAUCCACGUCACCAGCGAGAACAAUUCUGACAUGACGGAUAAAGGAGGCAGUUUGUCUGCAGGUGGCCUGGAGGCAGCGUGCAGGCCAGACGCGCCCCGCUGCAGUGCAACGCCGGCGUCUCCCGCCGGGGACAGGGCUCUGCAGAAGGCUGGACCAGCCGGUGCAAAUGCAAUAGGCUCACAGGAUCAAAACGAAGAGGUCAGCAACGGGCUGAACAGGAACAGGCUGUUCCUGGUAACGAAGGAAGAACAUUUCGAGCCAAAGGGUAUUUUGUGGAGCUGUAAACAACUCUGUGACAUGUCUCUUUUCAAGAAGCCUUUCUUCUGCAUAUUCACGUGGUCUCUUCUCUUCAGUAACUUGGCAUACAUGGUGUCCGCCUUCCACCUGGUAGCCAGAGCCAAAACACUGGGAAUCGACGUCAUGGACGCCUCCUACCUGGUCGCUGCUGCAGGCAUCACGGAGGCAGUCAGUCAGAUUCUCUCUGGAUGGGUUGCUGAUCAAAACUGGACCAAAAGGUAUCAUUACCACAAGCUGUACCUGGCCCUCUGCGGCAUUGCCAACCUGCUCGCGCCUUUGGCCACCACAUUCCCACUACUCAUGACCUACACCGUCGUCUUUGCCAUUUUCUGUGGUGGUUACCUGGCACUGAUACUACCCGUACUGGCUGGUUGUACGAUUACACCCACACCUACUCCGGCUCUUUCUAUCUCUCCGGCGUGUGCUACCUCCUCGCCUCGGCCUCCCUGUUCUUUGUGCCCCUGGCUGAGCGCCAGAGGAGCAGAGCCUAGGCAGAAGGAGAGGACUGCCAUCAAGCGUGGGCUUGGCAAGAGAAAAGCCAAAGGAGCGCGCCACCGGAAACAGAAGAAAGCCUGCAGGAAUAAGCCGCUGGAAGCAAAAGCUCAGAAGAAAAGUGUCCUCACGUGUAAAAUAAGAAGGCAAGCCAAAUAUGGAUAGUUUUUAAGGUUCCCUUUUCCUUUAGCAUUCUGUAGAAUGUCUAAUUGGUAGUAAGAGAGAAGUAAUAGCAACUUAAAGUAUGCCAGCUGUUAGUAUUUAAUAGGUCACAAUUUUAAUCAGUUAAAGCAGCUGCCUUAGGUAUUAAAUGAAAAUCAGAAUGUUCUACAAUAAUAAAUUAACCAAAUUCUCAGUUGUGCUGUAGUAAUUCAGUCAAUAAAAUAUGUGAAGACAAAAAAAAACCAUUUUUCUUAAUUUAAAGAAGUAUUAAAUACAGCCAAUGGUUGACUAGAACUCUGAUCUGAAUAUUAAAACCUUGUUUAGUAACUGUAAUGUUACACAUCCCCCCAAAAUUUAUCUUUGCUUAUUCAUUAAAGAUAUUCUUUGUUUUCUCUGCAUUAUUUUUCUUUUUAAAUUUUCUGUAAUGAACGUACAUUGCUAUAUAAAAAAUAAAUAAGAAUUGCUC